AUGUCGCUGACAUUUUGCCUUGCCAAUUCAACCUCCAACAGCCCCCACAAGAUCACCCAGUACAAGACUGGUAAGGCUUCGCUGUACGCUCAGGGUAAGCGUCGUUACGACAGGAAGCAGAAGGGUUACGGUGGUCAGACCAAGCCCGUCUUCCACAAGAAGGCCAAGACGACCAAGAAGGUUGUGCUGCGUCUCGAGUGCACCGCGUGCAAGUACCGAUCGCACGUCGCCCUGAAGCGAUGCAAGCACUUCGAGCUUGGUGGUGACAAGAAGCAGAAGAACGCCGCGCUCGUCUUCUAA